CGCCAUCGGCCUUCCAGAUUCCAUUCCAAACCUCCGUCGAGGCGGGCUGUCGAUCUGCUCACUCCUCCAUUUCUCGUCUCACAGCACAGCGCAGUCCUGCUUGCCUCCCGACUUCGACUUGCCUUUCUAGCACCUCUCAGCGCUCUCCCGCCAGAUCCACAGCGUUAGAACCCCUGAUCAGAUCAGCGUUCGGCAGAUUCGCAGCUCGAGAACCCUCGAUCGGAUCGGCUCAGCAUGGCGACCGCUCAGGUAGUUCCAGUCCCCGCGAGGGGAGGAGGAGGAGGGGGGAAAGGCGAGACGUUUUCGGAUACGAGCCGGAAGGACGACAUCCGGCAGGCGAACAUCAUGGCGGCCAAGGCUGUCGCCGACGCCGUGCGGACGAGCCUGGGGCCCAGAGGAAUGGAUAAGAUGCUGACGACGGCCACUGGCGAGGUCAUCAUCACCAACGACGGAGCGACGAUCCUCAACAAGAUGGAGGUGACACAGCCGGCGGCGAAGAUGCUGGUGGAGCUGUCCAAGUCGCAGGACAUCGUCGCAGGCGACGGCACCACCACAGUGGUGGUGGUGGCGGGAGCGUUGCUCAAGGAGUGCCUCUCCCUACUGGGCAAGGGCAUCCACCCGACCAUCAUCUCCGAGGCUCUGCACAAGGCUGCCACCAAGGCCGCCGAGAUCCUCACCACCAUGGCGGUGCCAGUGGAGCUCUCAGACCGCGAGUCCCUCGUCAAGAGCGCCAGCACGUCGCUCAACAGCAAGGUUGUGAGCCAGUAUUCAUCUCUUCUCGCCCCGCUAGCAGUCGACUGCGUGCUGCAGGUGAUGGAUCCCAGCCAUCCAGAUGUGGUGGAUCUGCGGGACAUCAAAGUGCUCAAGAAGCUGGGCGGCACGGUGGACGACACAGAGAUGGUUCGAGGCCUGGUGUUUGACCGCAAGGCGAGCCACGCGGCAGGCGGGCCGUCGCGGGUGGAGAAGGCGAAGAUCGGAUUGAUUCAGUUCCAGAUCUCGCCGCCCAAGACCGACAUGGAGCAGUCGGUGGUGGUGUCGGACUACACACAGAUGGACCGCAUUCUCAAGGAAGAGCGGAACUACAUCCUCAACAUCAUAAAAAAAAUCCGCGCCACGGGCUGCAACGUGCUGCUGAUUCAGAAGUCCAUCCUGAGGGACGCCGUGACGGACCUGUCGCUGCACUACCUGGCCAAGGCCAAGAUCCUCGUGGUCAAGGACGUGGAGCGCGACGACAUCGAGUUCAUCAGCCGCACGCUCAACUGCCUGCCCAUCGCCAAUCCGGAGCACUUCAGGGCGGAGAAGCUGGGGGAGGCUGAUCUCGUGGAGGAGGUGGCUGUUGGGGAGGGCCGGCUGGUGAAGAUCACGGGCAUCAAGAACAUGGGGCGCACCAUGAGCGUGAUCGUGCGCGGCUCCAACAACCUGGUGCUGGAGGAGGCGGAGCGCAGUCUGCACGACGCGCUGUGCGUUGUGCGCUGCCUCGUCAGCAAGCGCUUCCUCAUCGCCGGGGGCGGCGCGCCGGAGAUCGAGGUCAGCCGCCAGCUGGCGGCAUGGAGCAAGCUGCUGGAGGGGAAGGAGAGCUACUGCGCCCGCGCCUUCGCGCAAGCACUGGAGGUGGUGCCAUACACGCUAGCGGAGAACGCGGGGCUCAACCCCAUCUCCAUCGUCACCGAGCUGCGCAACAAGCACGCCGAAGGGGAGGUUAGUGCAGGCAUCAACGUGCGAAAGGGGGCGAUCAGCAACAUGUUUGAGGAGAAUGUGGUGCAGCCGCUGCUCGUCAGCACAAGCGCCAUCUCGCUUGCCGCGGAGUGCGUCCGCAUGAUUCUCAAGAUUGAUGACAUAGUCAUCACAAGAUAGUGGUGAUAGAUUGAUGGCGGUGAUUCUUGCUAUUGGAUUUUGCUGAAAAACAGAGUACCAUCACUUAGUGUAUUGACAAAGUUGCCAAUAAUGAACGGUAGCCUUGGCUUCCCAAGAUUGAACAUUGGGAAUUGAUUGUGGGUGUAGCCAACAAUGAAUGUAGUAUGUAUAUGCAUAUGGUA